AUUAAGUCAAAAAUGACACUUUCAAAAUUUUAAAUGAAGAAUUAGAUCAAAAUUUAAGAGAAAUCGGGAUCAUCAUCAAAAAUUAAUUGUGAGAAUAUUAUUUUUUGAAAAAAUGGCAUGCAAAAAAUGCGGAUACAAUUGUGGAAAUGAAAAAAAAUUUUGCUAUACAAGCUACAUUUGUUGUUGUAAAUGUGGUCAAUCUCUUUGUAAAGAGACGGCCAUAUGCUGGUUGGGUGAGUAUUUUUGUUCUAGUUGCAAACCGGAGUGUAUAGACCCAUGUUGCGAUGGAAUAAAAUUUUGCAAAAUUUGCUCAUCUAGAAGUAUCAGUGUGCCAUGUUGCAAAAAUAAUAAUUCGAAUUUUGGUUGUAAGGCUUUUGAGUCGCAAUGUUGUAUGAAGAGGACAAGGUCUUGCUGUGCAUUUCCCAGUCAAAAAACAUGGAACUGGCCAAUUCCUAGAGAAACAGCAAACUUUUAUAAUAGAAAUCACAAUAGACCCAACUUGUUUGACAAUUGCUGUACAAGAUUCGAUAAAAAAUGUGGGUGCAACGAACUAAAAGAUUGUUGUGGGAGAAAAUGUAAAAAAGUUCCUAAAUGUCCUAUGAUCAUCAAAAAACCUACCCCUAACGAAUGUAUCCCAAAAGAGUGUUGCUCAAUUUUCAACUGCACGAUAAAAAAUUGCAGUGACAGUUGCGUUCCUAGUACCAGAGGUUGUUCAAGGGGAUGUUCCCCUCCCCCUUGUCAAAAUAGAGGUUGCGGAUCCCCUAUAAGAUGCCCCCCGAGAAAAGUAUGUUGCCCCCCAAAUGAAUGCGGAGAAGGUCCCAGGUGCUACGAUCCCUGUAAGAAUAUUAAAAAAUCUUGCGCCCCCCCACCGUGUUGUCCCCAAAAAAACCCAUGCUACAAGCCCAGAUGUAGACCUAGAAACUGCUCACCUAAAUGUACUACAGCCUCCCCAAAAUGCAAAAGAUUGGUUCUGGACGACUGUCAAAAUUUUUGCUGUCUAUCAAAAUGUCCACCUAAAGAUUGCCAAAAAAAUCCCUGCGCAGAAAAAAAAUGUUGCUGCAUAGCAAAGGAGUUCACAAACUGCCACAAGUUUUGCAAACCUCUAAAAAGACCAGUAAAUUGUUUACCUGAAAUAAAAUGCUGUGGAAAAGGGUUUUCUUAUAAUAAAUGUGGGGAACCAUGUUGUCCUUUGGAGCCCCUAGGCUGCCGUGAGUGCUGCGAGGUGAAAUGCGAACCGUGCGGUUUGAUGACUCCGGACGAGGUCCGUAAAAAGUUGGAAAGGAUGGCCAGAGUGAACAAGGACUGUCAAACGAAGAAUUGCAAGAAAAAUUUGAGGGUUUGCUGCCAGGACGAAGGAGCCGACUGCUGUGACAAAGACGUCUGCACAGGUUGCACCAGUUGCCGGCCCUGUCCUUUUGUAACGCCUAGGUGCAUAAGAUGUAAACAAAAAGUGUACGCAGCCGAACAAAUAUUAGUUAAGGAUGGCGUUUUUCAUAAUAAUUGCUUUACAUGUCACUGUUGUAAUAAAGUUUUGGACAUUAUAAAUGUUUACGAAGGGUGUGGAGAAAUAUACUGUAAACAAUGUUAUAAUCAUUUCUUUGGACUACACUACUACGGCUAUGGAGCCUUUAAAUCAUAAUCACCAGUAAAAAAUUUAAUUUUUUAUGUAAAAAAUAAAAUAAAACGUCUUGUCUUGA